GUUCAAUGUGGAAUCCCAGGUGAACUUCCCCCUCAGUGCUGCAACCCCAGCUGGCUCGAAGCUGCGCAGGCCUUGUGCACGCUGUCACAGAGUAAAGGAGAACCAACCCAGGGAAAGGAGCUAAUAGACAAAGAAUGUCAGACGACAAAGAAAGGAAGAAUGAAGGCAUUCCUAAAGAAGCUCUGAGCAAAGAAGACACAUCUUCAUUAACUGAUGUUGUAGAGCAAGUUGCAAAACAACAGCAAUCACAAACAUCAGAAAUAGAAAAACAUAAGAAAGUUCUGCUCCAUUUGCAGAUUGAACUUCAUGAUCUUGAAAAUCAAAUAGCAGCUACUGCUGCAGAAGCUAAAGAAACAGAGAGGCAGAUGCACCAGCAAGAUGCUGCCAUGGAGAAUUCCAGACUUCGGUGUGGACUCUUGGAAGCUCAGAUUGAGUCCUUACAUUCAGAAACUGUAAAGCUUAAAUUUGAUUCAGAAACAGCCCAAGAAAAUUUCAAGGAAAAAAUGAUAAAAUAUAAUGCAUAUUAUGCAAAAAUAAAAGCCUAUAAAGAUAGCUUAGGAGAGAUAGACAGCAAAUGCUCAUUUAUGACUGAACUCUAUGAAAAGCGAGAUCUCAUCAAAAACCUAAAGACAAUGAAAGAAGAUCUUAUGGAAAAUCUCCAAAAUCCACAAAGGAGCUAUGCAAUACAAAUACAGGAAGACAUUUCAAAGCUAAUGAAUAAAAUUACGACAGUAAAAAAUUCAAUCAUUGAGAAAACAUGUUCUAUUGAAGAAGAGAAAAAGACACAUGAAAAGCUAAGAAAAGAAAUAGAGGUACAACGGAAGAGAUAUGAUGCAAUUCUUAAGCGUUUGCAUUGUCAGGUGAACAAGAUUCAAUUAAAUAGGAGGAAUUGGCAAUGGAAUAUCCAACAACUGGAAAACACUGCAGCUGAAUUAAGAAAACGCCUCGGAGUAAAAGAAGCCCAUGAAAUACAGAACAGACCAACAGCAUAGUAGGAAAGAACACUGUGACAAUUCUUCCAUCUCUUGAGAGUCAGCACCCAGUAGAGACAGAGGCCUGUCACAAUGACCAAUAUUUUCUUUUUCUUUUUCUUCUUCUUUUUUCUUUUUGUUUCAACCAGGUAGCUAUUGGCUAAAGUGCCUCCCAGUCUAUAGUGCACAGCACUAGGUAGACAGCAGCAGAGCUUGCAGGAA